CUUUCACCAGGCUCUCGCCCCACUUCCGGCCAUCUCAGGCCUCUUUCCGCCCGUGCUUUGCCGGCUUUAUCUUUGCUCUGUAGGUCGUUCCCGGCGCCUGGACCCGGUCCCUGCGCACCGCUCGCCGGCACCCAGCGUCUCGUCCCUCCUCCCGAAUCCCUCCGAGGCUCGGAGCGACUCUGCCGUGCGUCUUCGCGGGCCGCCCGGGCUGAGGCCUGCCGCGCGCGGCGAGUCCGCGCAGACCUGACCCCGCGUUUCCCCGCAGCUCCGUUGAGGCCGCCGCCGUCGCCUCGGGAUGCCGGGGCCGGGGUCCGCGCAGCGCUGGGCGGCCGCCGCGGGCCGUUGGGGCUGCAGGCUGCUCGCGCUGCUGCUGCUGGUGCCGGGGCCCGGCGGCGCCUCCGAGAUCACCUUCGAGCUGCCGGACAAUGCCAAGCAGUGUUUCUACGAGGACAUCACGCAGGGCACCAAGUGCACCCUCGAGUUCCAGGUGAUUACUGGCGGUCACUAUGAUGUAGACUGUCGGUUAGAAGAUCCCGAUGGUAAUGUGUUAUACAAAGAGAUGAAGAAACAGUAUGAUAGCUUUACCUUCACAGCCUCCAAAAAUGGGACAUACAAAUUUUGUUUCAGCAAUGAAUUUUCUACUUUCACACACAAAACCGUCUAUUUUGAUUUUCAAGUUGGAGAGGACCCACCUUUGUUUCCUAGUGAGAACCGAGUCAGUGCUCUUACCCAGAUGGAAUCUGCCUGUGUCUCCAUUCAUGAAGCUCUAAAGUCGGUCAUCGACUAUCAGACUCAUUUCCGUUUGAGAGAAGCUCAAGGCCGAAGCCGAGCGGAAGACCUAAAUACCAGAGUGGCCUACUGGUCCGUAGGGGAAGCCCUCAUUCUCCUGGUGGUCAGCAUAGGGCAGGUAUUUCUCCUGAAAAGCUUUUUCUCAGAUAAAAGAACCACCACAACUCGAGUUGGAUCCUAACUACGUUUUGAGAAUUGACGCACCAUUGCCACCAUAAUAUUGCUGUCCUCUAAUUAAUUUUAGGUACCGAAGAACUUGAUAUUGGCAACAUUUUUAAACCUUACUCAUACACUUGUUGGGGGGGAUGUACAGUGCAUAUCCCCAAGCUGUGGAAAGGACACCUUUUUUUAUUUGUAAAGGUAGAAAAACUUCGGAACUUACUUUGGGCUCCCCAUGUUCAAUAGUCAGCACCAAUGAUCUCAGUUGUUUCUAUCUACUCUUUGCACACUAAACUGGUAUUUUGAUUUCUUUUAGCCAUUUAAAAGUACUUUUCUUAUAGGUAGUGGAUAUUUUAAAAACCUUCAAUUUAAUAUCUGUGUGUUGUGGAGGAAGAAAAUUGCCUUUUAAUUGUUUAUAGUACAGUUUUGUUUUUCAGAAAACCAAAAGUGAUUAACUGUAGCCCAGGCCCUAUUCUGCACUGUUUUAAUUUGGGGGUGGGGGGAGCCACCGUGGAAACGUCAGUUAAGAAACGUUAGUUAAUACUGAUAUAAUUUUAAAUUGAUGCAUCGUGGUAAAAUUUAUUUCGUGCUAGCUUGGAAAAUGUCAGAUUUUUGGUUUUUUGUGUGUUUAUUCUAUGAUUUAUAAGCAGAUACAUUCUUUUUUUCCUGAAGACAUUCUUAACCACAGAGAAAAUAGUAUGUUUCGAUAGCAUAACAGUUUAUACAAGCCUUAAAAAUCAGACUGUUAAAACAGGUAGAGUAACUACAGAACAACUUAAGAUUCUAUAGUGGGAGGCAAAUGAAAUGAGAAAAGUCUCAGCGAGUUAUCUGCACAUUAUGACAUUUUCAGUGCUUUUACAAAGAAAAAAGGUGGUCUGUUUUAUUUUAACAUUUUGAUUGGCCGGUUCGUGCCCUAAUGUGGCUUCAGUGUCUGAGUCAUUCCCCGCUUAAAUUAACAGUUGUAAUAUUCGUAUUGUAAAAGUGCCAUAUAUUUUAUCCUGAUGGGUGUGAUGCACUGAGAAGUUAGUUUCUUUGGUUUUUUUCUUUCUUUUUUGUUUUGGUUUGGUUUUUGGUUUUUGUCUUGUACAUGUAAUUUGUACAAUCUCUGGUUAGCCACCCUAAGAUGAUUUGAAACUUUAGAAUGCCGUGUUUCUUAUUUGAUGAUCUUCAUCGAUUGUACUGCAUUUAAUGAUUAUUAAACAGUGCAUAUUCUGUACACUAUAGGGUUUAGACUGUGUUUGUAUUUUAUAACUUGUGUAGACUGAGCUGAUCGAUUUGUCAGAUUUGUUCAGGUAUUCCAGAAGAGAAUACAAGACAAGUGAGAAACUCUAUAAGUAUUUAAAGCUUUUCUGCUGUUAAAAAAAAAAAAAAAUUGCAACUGCUUUUUGCCCUGCCUCCCUCCCCCACCCAAGAGUGAUGAGUGCUGAGCAAGACUGCCCUAUUGUAGAGAUUCUGGUAAGUAGCACAUAGCUAGAAUAGAAUAGCAGUUCAAAUCACUGUGGACUAGAAGUUAACUCUUAAUGCUAAGCCGUCUUUAACUGUCUUCAAAAAGCAUAUACACUUCUUCCUGUAAGAGCAGAACAAAUUCAUAGUUGUCAUGCUUGCUAAUUUCAGUUGCCACAGUGUAGCAAGGGACGAACCAUUUUCAACCCUUGAAUUCUAAAAAUUUCCAAGACCAAAUAGCAACUCCUUAAACUGUGUAUCAGGAACUGGAACUCUCAGAUUUUGCAGAUUUCCCUAUUUGGGUUCUUGCAGUGGAGUUGUCCUGCAGCUUUCUAAGUGUCCCUCUAGAUAAAGUUUUGCACAUUUUCAGCACUAGCGUUAUUGUGAUUGAUAAGCACGGGCAUGCAUCCCGUGUCCUUCUCUCUGGCUACCUGUCUGCUCUGUUGACUUCGGACACUUAACACCAUAAUGAGGCAGAGUCAGGUAUCAUCAGUGCACAGAGUGAGCAUAGGUAAUGUCAUCUGAUCUGUGCCUAUCAAAACUUGAUGAUACUAGACUAUUACUACAAAUAACUUUUGAUGAAACUAUUGAGGUCGGUUAAAAUUUCUGAAAUCACCACUGUUACCCGCUGUAGAAAAUAGUACAGGCUUAAUCUAGUCUGUAUGUAACUGGUUCAAGUUUGAUGGCAGUCUAUACUCAACCGGGUAUGUAUAUGUAAAUUAGAAAAUACAUCUCUAUCCAGACCUAAAUGUUAAGGCCUGUUUUCUUUCUUCCUCCUACUAUAUAAUUUGUAGCUCAUCUUUUUUCUUUAAUCCUUUCAUGACUUGUUGGAACAGUUUGAAUUUCCCAAAUAUUUAUGUUUAGACAGAUGGCUCAGAAUAUAUAUUUAACAUCACUAGCUGUAUAUAUUUUUAAAGUAAAAUAAAUAAUGGAAAGGGACUUGACACACAAGUUUAUUACUAAAAUUUCAACUGUGUGAAGAUCCAUUUUAAGAUAUUACUUUGCUAAUAAUCUAAACAGUCUUUUUUCUAUAAAACAAAUGGUUUGUGGUUCACAGCUUUCAUCCUGACUGAUGUGAUAAUCAGCUUUGAAAAUAGAGUGAACUGAAAAGCAAUUUUAUUCUUUGAAAGGUUUCAUUUAAAUCUCUGUACAUCUACUUUUGCUUCAGUUUGUAAAUGUGUAACAUUUAUAGUUAAAUAGGACAAAGCAGACCCUAUGACUAUUGUUUUAAAAAAUUAAACAAGUUAAUAUAUAAAUAAUUCCAAGGGGGGUUUCAUUUACUUUUGGAAAGAAAAAUUUCUCUGAACACAUGUUGGUUCUCCAGGAUUGCACCAAUCAAUUCUUGUAGAAUAAAAAAACAAUCUUUCAACAAACUGACUUCAUUUGUUUCUGUCAGGAUUUGUCUUUUUAAAGCUCCUUACAAACUUGCAGCUUGGGUACAGUUUGUAGCGAGAGUGAUUUUUUUUUUUUUUUUUUAAGUAGGCUCCACACCCAGCGUGGAGCCCAAAGGGCUCAAUCUCACAACCCUGAGAUCGUGACCUGAGCCGAAAUCAAGAGACAGAUGCUCAACCAACUGAGCCACCCAGGUCCCCUGAGAGAGUGAUUUUUAUUUGGUAUUUCAUUUAAACAUCUCAGGGGCUGGCCAAGAAAGAUAAAGAAGAGGAAGACCACCUCUAAACUACCUCCUUUUUAACUUUGUGCAUUUCUUACUGAAAGUUCAGGUGAAAAGGAGUUAAACCCUCAGUUCUCUAAAAAGCUCAUCGUUUUUGUGGUUUUUUUUUUUUUUUUAAGUAAAUUAAUCUUAGGUUUUUCAAUACCAAGUCUCCUUGGGUUUUUUUCUUUCCCUUCAUAAUGCAGUCAUAGGGGACAUCCUGGUUCCUGGGCAAAAUUCGACAAAAGUAGCAGAGAAGGAACAGCAAACAUAGAUCAGUAUUUAUUGAAUGCUUACCCCGUGCCAGGUGCUAUGCUAAGUAUUUUACUUGUGUCGACACGUUUCAUCUUUGCGAUAAUCCCAUGAACUAAGGAUAUUCUUCCCAUUUCACAGAUGAGGAGAUGGAGGCAUAGACAGGUUAAGGAACCUUCCUAUAUCUCAGUCGUGAGCAGCAGCGGUGUGACCCGUGGCAGUCCAGCUCCAGAGCCCUCUCCAGCCACUGUGCAGCACCGCCUUACACUGGUUAAGGGUAGAUCUCGGAAGGCUUAGCUAUCUUGAUUUUGGUACAGCUCAAUGGCACUUCAGGGUUUUUUGGCGUUGGAGUCACAGCCAAGUUCAAAUUAUGGUUGUGUGACCUCACACAAAGGAUUUUAUGAAUUCUCUGUAUUUCUGUUUCUUCAUCUACUGCUAAGGUAAUAUCUACUAUAAUGAGAGGUAUUUAUGAAACACCUAGUGCCUGUCAUAUAUAAGCCCUUCAUAAAUAGCUCUAUUUUUCUCAUUGGUCCAGUUCUAGUCUCUUGAUCUUUAGUUUCUGAAGUUCUUACUGUAGCCUCUAUUCGUAUGGCUCUUAAAUAAUAUGUAACACAAGUGAAAGCAUUUAUCUAUCGUGUACUUAAUAGUCUGCUAGACGUUUCAAAAAUGAAUAAGAUAGUCUGACCCCCAGGAACCUAACUUAGUUGAGGGAGACAGGAUAGCUCUAUGAGCCACUAAUGUUACAUAAGUAGUGAAGCGAAAUCGACUUGGAGAGUCUAAAGACAUUCUAGGAUGCUAGAAGUAAAGAGACUACAGGAUCUAAAGACUUACUCCCCAAGGAGUUUAACUCUGUCUCCCCACAGGGGAAGCCCAUGGUUGUCUAACUAGGCCAGUGAUUAAGUGGAUUAAUCUCUAAUUCAGGGAUAUGGACUAUUAGCCAGUCUCCGUUGCUACGUAUUGAAAAACAUGUUCUUUAACUUUGUUAAUAAUAAAAGUGAUGUUUGAUCUAA